UGAUUGUCAUUGUCUAGUCUCCCGAAUACCUGAGCUACUACCCACUAUUACCGGCUAUCAAUUUCAAGUACGUAAGGUACAAACGCUUUGAGUACUUAAUACUGGAGCUGGUUGAGAUAUUGAGUUAGUCGGAAAUUGGUAACGGUAGAAAUUGUUUAGUAAGUUUUUGCUUGGAAGUGAAAGGAAUACGUAAAAGCAAAGGAACUUGAAUAUUUUUAACGAAAAUUUAAAAUGUGGCGGUUUACGUUAACGGUUUUGUGCAUCGGUGCUGUGAUCGAUACAGUGAAAAGUGAGGCUGCAGUCAAUCAGGAUACUUACUUGAACGCUCUACAAUCAACUAAUACCCAAAGUGCCAUUGGUCGGGAAGACUAUGACUACCAACAGGAAUACCAUCCAGACUUCAAUUCAGGUUACGAUUACCAACCAGCGCCACCACCAGGCCCACCAGUGAAGCCCCAUUAUGGACCACCGCCCCCGGUGUAUGGUCCGCCAUCACAUUCGUAUGGACCACCAUCACCCUCCUAUGGGCCACCAGCACCCUCCUAUGGACCACCACCACCAUCUUAUGGCCCACCACCACCAAUACACCAUCCUCCAAUUCCAUACCAUCAUUCCGGUGGCGAAUGGUUCUGGGAUAAAUUCAAGUUCAAGAUUUCCUUAUUCACUAUUGGCAAAAUCCUUUUGAAAUUGAUCAUUUUCAAGAAAAUCGUAAAGUUCAUAGCUUUGAUCUGUUUACUCCUAUUCUUGCCAAAGUUGAAGAGUUUGAAGGAUGCCUUUGAGGGAGGAAGCAGUGAAUCGGUUGAGUUCAGGGGAUUUUCAGAACAAGAAAAGCUAAAUGGUCGUAUCAACGAAAUUACCAAUUUCGCACUGACCGCUUUCGAAACUUUCUCCAGGAAAUACGAGGGAUGUGAACGUGAGCAGAUCUGGUGCCGAUUCCAGAGAACUUUCGAUAAAAUCGAUGCCAAAUAUCCAUACGAAAAAAUCGUUAAGCUUUACUUGCCAGACGCCGACAUGGCGGAGUCGAAUGAAGUGCCAACUGAUUAAAAUUAGUACGCAGACCUUAUUUGAGUAGGGCCUCAAUCCGAUAACGAACGUGGCUGGACGUGGAGGAAUUCGAAUUGAGUUGCACCCAACCAUUUGCUUUAAUCGAAAAGAAACACAAACGCAAUACGGACAUCCGAUUAAUAUUCAGACUCCGAUUUUCCAACGAUCACCAUUCAAUUAAACCGUGCGAGAGUUAUUUUUUUUUGUUCUUUUCUUUUCGAAUGAUCCAUUCUUCGGAGACCGUGUUAUGUUGAAUUUCUUUUCAUUAAGUACGCACUUAACGUGUUUGUUUUAUUUAAGUACAUACAAUUGUAUGUUAGUUGUUGAUUACUUUUAAUUUGUGUAUAUUUAAUAUUUAUUUAUUUAUUUAUCGUUUAUUUAUUGCAACCGACUGUCCCAAAAAUAUAUUGAUUUAAUUGAA